AUGAAUCAAGUAGGCAAAAUCGGAGUUGUGGGUGGCGGGAAAAUGGCGCUUGCAAUGGUGAAGGGCUUCCUGUCAGCUGGUCUUACCAAAUCCGAGCAUGUAAUUGCUAGUGUGCACCCUGACGACAAGCAGAGUCUAAAACAAUUCGAGCAAAUAAACGUUGAAACAGUUGUCGAGAACGCACCGGUUGUAGAGAAAUCGGAUAUUAUAUUCAUAUCAGUUAAGCCGCAAGUAGUGCCUAUUAUUUUGCCCGAAAUGAGACCCUUAAGCAAUAACAAGUUGUUUAUUUCAAUAGCCAUGGGCAUAACGUUGAAGGUGUUAGAAGAGAACUUAUCCUCAGAAGCGCGCGUCAUACGUGCUAUGCCCAAUACACCAGCACUCGUAAGAUCUGGCUGUUCGGUCUUUGCGCGCGGCACCAAAGCCAGUCAAGUUGAUGGUGAGCUAACAAAAUCACUUUUGGCAGCGAUUGGCACUUGUGAGGAAGUGCCCGAGAGCUAUUUUGAUGCCAUCACAGCUUUGAGCGGCAGUGGACCGGCUUAUGUAUUUGUUAUGAUCGAAGCUUUAGCAGACGGUGGAGUGCGUAUGGGUUUGCCGCGUGAUUUAGCUUAUCGUCUUGCUGCCCAAACUGUCUUGGGUGCGGGGCAAUUGGUACGCGACACAAAGGAACAUCCCGGUUUGCUGAAAGAUAAUGUUACCAGCCCCGCUGGAUCAACUGCUGCGGCGCUUAAAGUUUUGGAAACAGCAGGUUUUCGCGGUACUGUUUCAAAUGCGGUAGAAGCCGCUACCUUGAGAUGUCGCGAAAUUUCCGGAAAAUAAUUUCAUCAAUUUUGUUCUAGUUUAAAUCUUCCUUUGCAGAUUUACUUAUGUAUGUGUGAGACUGUUUUAAUUAUUAUUUUUUUAUGCAUUUAUUUUCUAAGUGGUCAUUUAAAAUAAUCAUACCUAAAUAUUUUCCGAGAUAACGUAGAAAACAACAGAUAUAUUUGUAUGUAAUAUAAACAAUCUAAAAAUUACAAAUAUUAUCAUACAUAAUUUAUAUACUAUUAAAGAUUAACACUAUCUCUCCUGCGCUUACAUUAUUAA